AUGGCAGCGCCAAGCCGAGAUGAUUCGCAGCCAUCUUUGCCAAGCCUGCCGGUCACUGUCGCCUCGGCGUUGGAUCGGUCACCGCUGGGCUCAGGUGAGUACAGCAACCCCGUUGAUGGCCACGGGAGCCAGACGUCUGCUGAAAAAGACAGCCCCUGCCCCAGCUACCAUCAGACCUCGAUGGAAUACCAUCAGUCAUCGAUGGAGAGCCCGGGAUUCCGAAAAAGAGCUGCAGGCGGGAUCAGCAGCAAUUUCAUCAAGGCCAAGCAGGUGGAUGAGAUGUCCAACCACUCCAGUUACACGGGCAAGGUCCGUGCAUUUACGCUGAAGCUGCUUCAGAGUACGCGCUUCGCGAACUUCAUGGCCCUCAUAGUGUUGUUCGAUGCAUCUUCGCUCAUUGUGGACAUCGAUGCACGGGCUGCCGGAGAAUCUCCUCCAGAAGUGCUGAUGCUGAUGUCUGACCUGUGCCUGGCUAUGUACACCGCUGAGCUGGUCCUGCUGAUCAUGCUCCGAGGUUGGCAGAAGCUGCUGGAGUGGCUGGUAAUGGUCGAUGCCAUCAUUGUUGGCUGCGGCUACGCGGAACUGAUUGCUGGCAACUUUCUGGCCUCCGACAACCAGGGCUCGGUCAGCGUCUUCGGUAUGCUGCGAGUCCUGAGACUGGCCCGGAUCAUCCGCCUGGUACGGCUGCUGCGGAAGGCCCCUAGACUUCGAGAGCUGCAGAAGCUGGUCACCAUGAUGGCCACCUGCUUGAAGGCCCUUGCUUGGUCCUUCGUCUUCUGCUUCGUGAUCAUGACCAUAUGGGCGAUGCUGCUGGUGGAAUGGGUCGGCCCUCUGAUCAAGAAGCUUAUGGAGGAUCCUGAGCAUGAACUCUGGCAACGCUGCGGGCAGGAGUGCCAACUGCUGACGAGCACGGUCAUGAACGCGAAUGUCCUGCUGUUCAAGACGGUAAUUGCCGGGGACAGCUGGGGCUUGAUCGCAGUUCCGGUUAUUCAAGAGUAUCCUGCGACGGCCAUCAUCUUCAUGGGCUCGCUGCUGACACUGGUCUUCGGCGUCCUGAACCUGAUCGUCGCAGUGGUUGUAGACACUUUUGCGGAAGCACGUGAGCGCGACGUGCUGAAUCUGGCAGAAGAGAUGGAGCGAAACCACGAAAACGACAAGAAGUUCCUGCAAAAAGUUUUCGAGCGGAUCGAUGAAGAUGGUAGCGGCGAGCUCACACUGGAAGAGCUUGUGGAGGGAGCAAGGAAAGACCCUGAGUUUCAGAGUCGGCUGCGGGUGAUGGACAUCGACGAGGUGGACCUGCAACAGCUCUUUGAGAUGAUUGACGUGGACGGGUCGGGUGCCAUCGAGGCCGCGGAAUUCAUCGCGCCACUUAGCCGAUGGGUCCACGACUCCAAGACGGCUCCACGUUUCAUCAAGUACAACAUGCUACGGUCAAUGCAGCAGCAGGAAGAGAUCUACCGGCAGUCGCAGUUCCACUACAACUCUCUCUCCGUUCGAAUGGUGGCCUGA